AUGGGGUUUUUAAUGGCAAACAUCGUCGGCAGAAUACUAUCAACCUCCACUGGCCAAGACAGCAUCCUUGGAUCUAUUGAAUACUUCUCGCACGCACUACACUACCUAUUCACCUCCCAACAAUGGAUCCGACUUCAAAGAAGGCUAGGAUUUCCGGCCCGACGAAAGAGCGACAUUGCCCUAGAAUCCGUUGGGAGGUCACCCUCUUCAUCACUUAUGCUGCUUUCCUCCCUGCUAUCAGACACACGCUACACAUUGCGCCUGUUCGGACUCGUCUCGCUCUGGACCCAAACAUCCGAGAUAAUACAAACACCACCAGAAGACGCAGCCAUCCACGCCUUGGAAGUCAUCCAACUUCUCGCAAGUAUAGUGUAUCAACUCCUAGAAAAUGUGGCCUACCUUGCAUCCAAGAACAUCCUCCCUCGUCGGAUCAUUGAAAAAUGGAGCGACAUAGACAGAUGGUAUAUGUGGAGUGCGCGCGGAUUGCUCAUUCAUAUGCUUCUGCAAUUGGGGAAGCUAUGGCGCGAGAAAACGCUUAGACGUCGACGGGAAGAGACCUCGACAUCGUCUAUUUCAUUGACUAAAUCUGUUGAUGGGGCGAGGAUGGCUGUGAAGACACAAGAAGCUCGAGGAUUGGAGAUCCUGGCCUGGAGGAAAGAUCUCUUUUCCUCCUCUGUUUGGGCGCUGCUGUGUUUAAACUGGAGUUAUGGUGGUGGUAUUGGGAUUCCAGAUAAAGUGACGGGUGCGUUGAGCUUGCUGGCUGAUUCUGUGGUGUUGAGGGACCUUUGGAAGAUGGAUGACGUUGUAGGUGGAUUUAGGAUGGGGUGA